GUUUCUCACACAAAAAGCAGGCAUCAGUGAGCAAACGAGCGCGAGUUGGGAUAGGGGAGGGGUUUUCCGCCAGCGAAUGGGAGCGUGAGGGAGCUUGACAGGGUGAGAGAAUAGCUGACAGUGCUAGCAGGCUAGGACUUUCUCUCUCGCACACACACACACGCACACACACACGCUCACACACUCAACACAGGAAGGGAGAAGAGAGAGAGAGAUGGGGAGAGAAAGAGAGGGAGAAUUGUUGUGCAUUGUUUAGACUUCUCCAGUGUACUGGUCCACUUCUCCUUCUCUCUCCUCUCCUGGAAGACAAAGUUUGCUCCGGCGUUGCGUUGCUCUCCCUUCUGCUGGGCCGUGCUCUGUGCUGCCUCCCUGCCGGGGUGAGGAUGAGGGACUCUGUGGACUGGGAAGUGUAGACGUCGGCCAGGAAUACUCCUGUUCUGCUCUCCGGGGGAAUAAGAGCUGUGACCGAGACUCCUGCAAGCAGCCCCUCGACACUGCCCACGGAUCCGGCGCUGUCCUUCAGAAUGCCGGUCCUAACCUGUGCCAGUGGAGGAUAGAAGACCCCUCUGCCUCUUGUUUUGGGGAGAGGAACCAGUUUGUGCGUGUAUUCCGGGACAGCGCCAAGCCUUAAGGUGUAAAUGAAUUGCUGCUGCUGCUGGUGGUGGCGGUUGUGAUCCGGCUUGUCAAGUUAGUGCCUUAUAUCGUGGAAGGUGGUAGUAGUGGUUGUGUAGCGCCGCCAUGCUGAGCCUGCAGGACUCGGUCUUCUUUGAGAUCAGCAUCAAGUCCCUGCUGAAAUCCUGGAGCGGAAGCUCCUCGCCCCCAGUCAACAGCAGUGUGAGUAAACGUCGUGCUCCCUCCUCGGUGACUCCCCUGGCGUGGGAGAAGCGCAACACCGACGCCAUGUCCAGCAUCACCAUUGACCCCGAGCUCAAGCCGGGGGAGUUCGUCAUCAAGAGCCUGUUCGCCGAGUUCGCCGUGCUGGCGGAGAAGAAGAUUGAGGUGGUGAUGGCCGAGCCGCUGGAGAAGCCCCUCUCCCGGUCCCUGCAGCGAGGAGAAGAUGCACAGUUUGAUCAGUUAAUAAGCUCUAUGAGCUCCAUAGCGGAACACUGUCUGCCCUCCCUGCUGCGCACGCUCUUCGACUGGUACAGACGGCAGAGCGGCACCGAGGACGAGUCCUACGAGUACAGGCCUCGAUCCAGCACCAAGUCCAAAGGUGAUGAACACCGGGAUAAAGACUACCUAUUGGAGCGAAGAGACUUGGCCAUAGAUUUUAUGUUCUGUUUGGUUUCAGUGGAAGUUUUGAAACAGAUUCCUCUUCACCCGGUGCCAGAUGCUUUAGUACAUGAAGUUCUGAACCUGGCAUUUAAGCACUUUAAACACAGAGAGGGGUACUCGGGGCCUAACACUGGGAAUGUGCACAUCAUCGCUGACCUUUACGCUGAGGUCAUUGGAAUUCUCACACAGUCAAAGUUCCAGGCGGUGAGGAAGAAGUUCAUCACGGAGCUGAAGGAAUUGAGGCAGAAGGAGCAGAGUCCCUACGUGCUUCAGAGCAUCAUCAGCCUCAUCAUGGGCAUGAAGUUCUUCCGGGUCAAAAUGUACCCCGUGGAGGACUUUGAAGCCUCCUUUCAGUUCAUGCAGGAGUGUGCCCAGUACUUCCUGGAGGUGAAGGAUAGGGACAUCAAACAUGCCCUGGCCGGCCUCUUCGUGGAGAUUCUCAUUCCUGUGGCUGCAGCUGUGAAGAAUGAAGUGAACGUGCCCUGCCUGAAGAACUUUGUGGAGAUGCUGUACCAGACAACCUUCGACCUAAGCUCCAGGAAGAAGCACUCUUUGGCCCUGUAUCCCCUUGUGACGUGCCUGCUGUGUGUGAGUCAGAAGCAGUUCUUCCUCAACAACUGGCACAUCUUCCUCCAGAACUGCCUGUCGCACCUCAAGAUGCCAUCUAACAACAGCAUCAGAAAGCAGAUUGAGACGUUGCAGAACAAAGACCCCAAGAUGUCGCGCGUGGCGCUGGAGUCGCUUUACAGGCUGCUCUGGGUCUACAUCAUCAGGAUCAAAUGUGAGAGCAACACUGUAACUCAGAGUCGUCUCCUGGGCAUUGUGUCAGCUCUGUUCCCAAAGGGCUCUCGCAGUGUGGUGCCCAGAGACACCCCGCUCAACAUCUUCGUCAGGAUCAUCCAGUUUAUAGCUCAGGAAAGGCUGGACUUUGCUAUGAAGGAGAUCAUCUAUGACCUGCUGUGUGUGGGCAAGUCCCACAAAACCUUCACCAUCAACCCGGAGAGGAUGAACAUCGGCCUGAGGGCCUUCCUGGUGGUGGCCAACAGCCUGCAGCAGAAGGACGGGGAGCCCCCCAUGCCCACCACAGGGGUCAUCAUGCCCUCGGGGAACACCCUGCGGGUCAAGAAGAUCUUCCUCAACACCACACUCACCGACGAAGAGGCCAAGGGCAUCGGCAUGUCUCUGUACUACCCUCAGGUGAGGAAGGCCUUGGACAACAUCCUGCGUUCCCUGGACAAGGAUGUGGGUCGCUCCAUGAGCAUGACCAACGUCCAGAUGUCCAACAAGGAGCCCGAGGAUAUGAUCACGGGGGAAAGGAAGCCAAAGAUUGAUCUGUUCCGUACGUGCGUGGCGGCCAUACCGAGGCUCAUCCCCGACGGCAUGAGCAGACAGGACCUCAUUGAGCUUCUGGCAAAGCUGACUAUCCACAUGGACGAGGAGCUGCGAGGCCUGGCCUUCACCACACUGCAGACCCUUAUGGUGGACUUCCCCGAGUGGCGGGAGGACGUGGUGUCGGGGUUCGUCUACUUCAUGGUCCGUGAGGUGACAGACGUCCACCCCACACUACUGGACAACGCCGUUAAGAUGCUCCUGCAGCUCAUCAGCCAAUGGAGGCAGGCGGUGCAGAGCAGCAACAAGACCCAGGAGGCACACCAGGUCCCAGGCAGUGGUCCGACUCUUUCCCUGGACCGGGCUCCUCUGCUUGGGGUUCUGCACGUGGUAGAGGGCCUGGCACUGGUGGUUCUCUGCAGCUGUCGGCCCGGAACUCGCAGGCUUGCCGUCAACGUUCUCAAGGAGGUCCGCGCACUGCACACGGCACUGGGCAUCGCCAAGGGCGAUGAGGAGUUGGCUAUCGACGUGAUGGACAGACUCAGUGCCUCUGUGCUGGAGAGCUUCAUCCACCUCACCGGGGCUGACCAGACCAAUCUGCUCUACUGCCCGAGUGGCAUCGAUCUCCAGUCGCUGGCCGAUUGGAGCUCAUCUCCCAUCAGCCACCAGUUUGACGUGGUCAGCCCCUCCCACAUCUGGGUGUUUGCCCACGUCACCCAGGGCCAGGACCCAUGGGUGAUAAGCCUGUCCAGCUACCUGCGGCAGGAGAACCUUCCCAAGCACUGCCCCUCGGCCCUCAACUACGCCUGGAUGUUCGCCUACACCCGCCUGCAGCUGCUGUCUCCACAAGUCGACAUUAACAGCCCCAUAAAUGCCAAGAAGCUGAACAGCAUGAGCAGCAGCAGUGACUCGUACACGGGGCUCUGGAGGAACUACCUGAUCCUCUGCUGCAGCUCCGCCUCUUCCUCCUCCUCUUCAUCUUCCUCCUCGUCCAGCUCUGGUUCCGUGCGCUGCUCGCCACCUGAGACACUGGCGUGCACGCCAGACAGCGGCUACAGCUACGACUCCAAGAUCGUGGGCUCUCCGUCCCUCUCCUCGCUGUUCAAACACGUGGUUCCCAUGAUGCGCUCUGAGAGCAUGGACAUCACGGAGUCUCUGGUGCUGGGGCUUGGCAGGACCAAUCCUCUGGCCUUCAGGGACUUGAUAGAGGAGUUGAACCCCAUCAUAAAAGAGGCUCUGGAACGAAGACCUGAGAACGUGAAGCGGCGCCGGCGUCGUGACAUCCUGCGGGUCCAGCUGGUCCGGAUCUUUGAGCUGCUGGCCGAUGCUGGAGUCAUCAGCCAGAUAGCGAGUGGGGGUCUGGACAGGGAAAGCCACUCCCUGAACGGGACCCUGCUGGAGUACGUAGACCUUACCCGUCAGCUGCUUGAGUCGGAGAACGACAAGGACUCGGACACCCUGAGAGACAUCCGCUGCCACUUCAGCGCCCUUGUGGCCAACAUCAUCCAGAACGUACCAGUGCACCAGCGCCGCUCCAUCUUCCCCCAGCAGUCCCUGAGACACAGCCUGUUCAUGCUGUUCAGCCACUGGGCGGGGCCCUUCAGCAUCAUGUUCACGCCCCUGGACCGCUACAGCGACCGCAACAUGCAGAUCAACAGACAUCAGUACUGUGCUCUGAAGGCCAUGUCUGCGGUGCUGUGCUGCGGCCCAGUGGCUGACAACGUGGGGCUCUCCUCGGACGGCUACCUGUACAAGUGGCUGGACAACAUCCUGGACUCACAGGACAGGAAGGUGCACCAGCUAGGCUGCGAGGCGGUGAUGCUGCUGCUGGAGCUGAACCCGGACCAGAGUAACCUCAUGUUCUGGGCCGUGGACCGCUGCUACACCGGCUCACGCCGCGUCGCUGCUGGCUGCUUCAGGGCCAUCGCCAAUGUCUUCCAUAACAGGGAUUACCAGUUUGACACUGUGGUGCUACUGAACCUGAUACUGUUCAAGGCUGCUGACUCGGCCAGGGAUAUCUACGAGCUGGCAAUGCAACUGCUGCAGAUCCUGGAGCCCAAGCUGUUCCGCUACGCUCACAAGCUGGAGAUCCAGCGGACGGACGGCAUCCUGACCCCUCCGUCCCCGCUGCCCCAUCUCUACUCCCUGUCCUACUACCAGCUGUCUGAGGAGCUGGCCGGCACCUACCCCGAGCUCACCCUGCCCAUCUUUUCAGAGGUGAGCCAGCGCAUCCAGACGGCGCACCCUGCAGGCCGGCAGGUCAUGUUGCACUACCUGCUCCCCUGGAUGAACAACGUGGAGCUGGUGGACUUCAAGCCUUCCACCCAGCGGCCCGAGGAGCCGGGCGUGGCUGAGGAGGAGGAGGAGGCGCAGGAGCGGGAGAUGAUGGUGAACAGCCGGCGCUGGCUGCGAGGCGAAGGCUGGGGCUCGCCGCACGCCACCACCAUGGUGCUCAACAACCUCAUGUUCAUGACCGCCAAGUAUGGAGAUGAGUUUGCCUGGUCUGAGAUCGAGAACGUUUGGACAACGUUGGCGGACAGCUGGCCCAAGAACCUGAAGAUCAUCCUCCACUUCCUCAUCAGCAUGGCGGGGGUCAACAGCGAACCCAGUCUGCUACCCUACGUGAAGCGGGUGGUGGUAUACCUGGGCAGGGAUAAGACCAUCCAGCUGCUGGAGGAGCUGAUGUGUGAGCUGGAGCUGAUGGACCCGGUCUGCUCUAGCGUCACCCACAUGGACAACCCUCCGUACUACCGCAUCAGCGCCAGCUACAAGAUCCCCUCCGUCAACACAGGAACUAUGUCCAGCAGCAACACCAUGGUGCCUGGGACUGAAAGCCAUCACGAGAGCAAGAUAAAGGACCCCAAUAUGGAGGACAGCUACCCUCACCUGGACGUGUACAGCGGGAUGAACAUCAACCUGUCUCGUCAGCACCACCGCCUCGAAUCCCGUUACAGCAGCAGCUCCGGGGGCUCCUACGAGGAGGAGAAGAGUGACUCCAUGCCGCUGUACGCCAACUGGCGCCUGAAGGUGAUGGACCACAACCGCCCAGAGCCCCUCCCCUUCCCUCCGACGGGCGGCUGCUGGUCGCCGCUGGUGGACCACCUGCCUGAAACAAACACCGCCGCCGUCCCCCUACACAGGUGUAACAUUGCAGUCAUCCUUCUGACCGACCUCAUCGUGGACCACGGAGUCAAGGUGGAAUGGAGCGUCUACCUGCACCUCCUGCUGCACGCCAUAUUCAUAGGCUGUGAUCAUCAACACCCUGAGGUGUACGAGCACUGCAAGCGCCUGCUGCUCCACCUGCUGGUCGUCCAGGGAACCAACAGCAGCGUCCAGUCACUGGCAGCCGUGUUGCUACGCAACCGGGAGGCCAACGAGCCCCGGGUCCUGACGGUGAAGCCCAUCGCACCCGAGUUCAACCUCACAGGAAUCCAGGAGCUGAUGCCAGAGCACCAGCCCUCUCCCAUGACGGACUCGGGCCUGAGCUCUUCCUCUACCUCCUCCAGCAUCAGCCUGGGCACAGGGGUGGGGGCGGGAGCCUUCUCCCCGCUGCCCCCCACCAUGCUCCAGCAGGUGGACCUCUCCACCCUGCAGGACCAGAAGGUUAAAGCCCUGAUUGAGUUCAUCAGCUCCAGGAAGCGUGGUCCUCUCUGGAACCACGAGGACGUCGCUCCUAAGAACCCCCAGAUCAAGAGCGCCGAGCAGCUCAGUGUAUUCCUCCGACACGUGGUGGCAGUGUUCAAGCAGUCCAACGCAGGGUUCCAGCUGGAGUCUCUGCUGAGCGAGGUGGCCCUGCAGACGGCUCUGUCCUGCACCUCCCGCCACUACGCCGGCAGGUCCUUCCAGAUCUUCAGGGCCCUCAAGCAGCCGCUGACCCCGGCCACGCUGUCCGACGUCCUGUCACGCCUGGUGGAGACCGUGGGUGACCCGGGGGAGGAGGCCCAGGGCUUUGUUAUCGAGCUGCUGUUAACGCUGGAAUCGGGCAUCGACACGCUUGCAGACACGGUGAAGAACUACGACCUCCUCACAGCCUUGGCACAGACCGCGGGCCAUGACCCCCUGUUGGGCGCCAAGUUUGCGGCCAACCGGAAGAGCACGGGACAGCUGAACCUCAACAGCGGCGGCCUGUUCCACCACCACGUGCAUGCGCACGCACGCAGCAACUCCCUCCGCGCCAGCCAGAUGUGCGAACGAAAGGGCGACCGCCGGCGCAGCAACACCCUGGACGUCGCCGACCGCCUCGGCGGUAGCCACGGCAACCUGGCCCGCACGCGGAGCCUCUCGUCACUACGGGAGGGCGGCGGGGGCGGAGGGGGGGGCCCGGGAGGACGCAACGGGGGUGAGGCCCCGCCCCCCGUGGACCCCUCCAACCUGAUGGCCACGGUGUUCUGGAUCGCCACGUCGCUGCUGGAGUCGGACUAUGAGUUUGAGUACCUGCUGGCCCUGCGGCUGCUCAACAAGCUGCUGGGCCAGCUGCCCCUGGACCGGGCCGACAGCCGCGAGCGCCUGGAGCAGGUCCUGGCCAAGCUCAAGUGGUACAGCUACCCCGGCCUGCUGCAGCUCUUCCUCAAGGGCUUCACCUCGGCCUCCACCCAGGAGCUCAGCAUCCACCUGCUCAGCAAGCUCAUCAGCGUGUCCCGACACAAGCUGGUCGACCCCACGCAGCUGGCAGGCUUCCCCCUCAACAUCCUGUGCCUGCUGCCUCACCUCAUCCAGCACUUUGACAGCCCCACGCCCUUCUGCAAGGAGACAGCAGAGCGCAUCGCCAAGGUGUGUGCCGAGGAGAAGUCCCCCACGCUGGCUAACCUGGCCCACAUGAUGAGCCUGUAUAGCACGCGCAGCUACUCCCGAGACUCCACCAACUGGAUCAACGUGGUGUGUCGCUACGUGCACGACUCCUUCGCCGACAUCACCUUCAACCUGGUCACCUACCUGGCCGAGCUGCUGGAGAAAGGACUUCCCAGCAUGCAACAGUCGUUGCUCCAGAUCAUUUACAGCCUGCUGAGUCACAUCGACCUAUCAGCGGCACCCGUCAAACAGUUCAACCUGGAGAUCAUGAAGAUCAUCGGGAAAUAUGUCCAGAGUCCAUACUGGAAGGAGGCCCAGAACAUCCUGAAGCUGGUGGUUUCUCGCUCCGCCAGCCUGGUGGUCCCAGACGAGAUGCAGCGUUCCUACAGCGGCGAGUCGUCGGGCUCCCCCGAGGUGGCCUUCACGCGCAUCUUCAACCACACCUCCAAGGAGCUGCCGGGGAAGACGCUGGACUUCCACUUCGACAUCUCCGAGACGCCCAUCAUAGGACAUAAGUAUGGGGACCAACGCACGCCUGCGGGCCGCAUUGGGAAGCAGCAGGUGAUCGCGGUGACAAGGAGCACCUCGUCUACCUCGUCAGGGUCUAACUCCAACGGCCUGGUUCCCGUCAGCUGGAAGAGGCCCCAGCUCUCUCAGAGGAGGACUCGGGAGAAGCUGAUGAAUGUGUUGUCGCUGUGCGGUCCCGAGUCAGGAAUCCCCAAAAAUCCCUCUGUGGUGUUCUCCUCCAGCGAGGACCUGGACUGUGGGGAGCAGCAGAGCAGCCUGAUCCCCACGGUGGAGGAGGUGGUGCAGGAGGAGGAGGGGCAGGGAGAGGACGCCGGCAGCGAACAGCAGUUUGGCGUCUUCAAGGACUUUGACUUCCUUGACGUGGAGCUAGAGGACACAGAGGGGGAGAGCAUGGACAACUUUAACUGGGGCGUGCGGCGCCGCUCACUGGACAGCAUGGACAAGGGCGACACGCCGUCGCUGCAGGAGUGCCAGUACACGGGCAGCACGCCCAGCCUCAACCUCACCAACCAGGAGGACACAGACGAGUCGUCAGAGGAGGAGGUACUGAGUGCUAGCCAGAUUCUCACUCGCGCCAACCUCCUGAACAGCGACUCGGCCACGGACGACGCCACCUCCAACCACGUGGACUCCCUCCUGCAGUCCCAGGAGUCAUGCAGCAGCGUGCUCCCCGAGGACGUAGGCUGCCCCUUGCCCUCCCUCCCCUCCCACCCGUCCCUUCCUCGGCUGGACAGCCCCGCCCUGGACCGUCCCGUGCUGGAGAGGGCCCAUUCAGACAGCGCCAGCAGCCAGCUGCCUGAGGACGCCGUCAGCAUGACCGCCGCGGACGAGCUCAGUAGCAGCGUGAGCGAAGACACGGGGUUUUGCAGUGCCCCCCCGCUGCCCUCUGACCCCCUGGAUCUCUGCGACCUCCCGGACUCGCAGGACCCCCAGGACGAGCUGGACCCGGCCCCCCCUCCCACGCCGGCCCAUGACACUCCGCCGGGGGGGUACCUGUGUGAGGACGAGCCCCACCGGGCGCUGCCGCUGCCCAUGGCCCUGACGCCGCUCCCGUCUCUGCCCGACAGCCCCUGCGGCUCAGUGUGUGAGGAGGACGUGACCCUGGCCUUGAAAGAGCUGGACGAGCGCUGUGAGGAGGAGGAGGCCGACUUCUCAGACAUGUCCAGUCAAGAUGACUGUGAGACGGAGGGCUUCCCAGAGAUCCAGCCCUCUCCGCCCCCCUCGCCUUUCCUCUCGGCCAUCUUGGCCGCCUUCCAACCCGUCGCCUAUGACAACGAGGAGGACGCCUGGCGUUGCCACGUCAACCAGAUGUUGUCCGACACCGACGGCUCCUCUGCCGUUUACACAUUCCACGUGUUCUCUCGACUCUUCCAGAACAUCCAGAGGAAGUUUGGCUCCAUCACCCACUCGGCAGUCAGGUUCCUAGGGGAGCGGCUCCAGCGAAUGGGCAACCAGUUCCUCAGCUCCCUUGAAGUCAUGACCUCUCACUCCAACUGUCCCACCGUGCUGCUGGAUGCCGAGACGCUGUUGUCCUGUGGCCUUCUGGAGACGUUGAAGUUCAGUGUGCUUGAGCUGCAGGAGCAUCUGGACACCUAUAACGGCAAGAGAGAGGCUGCUGAGCAGUGGCUGGAGAACUGCAGGAAGACGUUUGGAGAUAAAGAUGGCUGCCAGCGGGGGAACACCCAGGCCCAGCACAUGGAGAAUCUAGCAGAGUUGGAGUUGUGUCGCCGGCUCUACAAGCUCCAUUUCCAGCUGCUGCUGCUGUUCCAGGCGUACUGCAAGCUCAUCAGCAGGGUAGAAACCAUCAAGAGGGAGGCAGAGGUGACCAACAUGUCAGAUGAGCUGGCUCUUCUGGAGGGCUGUCUGAAGGAGGCGGAGACAGGAAGUGAGGGACAGGAGGUGAUCUGUCUCUCGGACGACACGCAGACCAACACCGAGACGGCCAUCCAGUCGCUGGUCGAGACCCUGAGAGCUAGAGACUUCACCUCUGCCCUAAACCAGGUCAAAGUCUUCAGGUCCCUCUGGCCCAGCGACAUCUUCGGCAGCGACGCAGACGACGCGGUGCAGACCCUGCUGCACAUCUACUUCCGCCACCAUACGCUGGGGCAGACGGGCUGCCUGGCGGUGCUGGGAGGCAGCGGAGACCUCUCUCAGGCCAGCCGACGCCUCAUGGAGCUCAACCUGCAGAUCCGUCAGGCACUCAGCCAGGAGCAGGGACCUGCCCGCCUCACCCGGCCCUCCAUGGUCAGCGUGGGGCUGUGAAACGUAUCAAACGCACCCUCCCUCAACAUAGACACACACUCUGAUGCUCCCUGGAAGUGGGGGUGGCCCUGGGGAGAGAUGGGUGGCUGAGGCCAGCUUCUGAUUGGACAAGAUAAUAAGACUUUUACCAAUAAGGGCUAACGCACGCUUGGGGGGGGGGAGGGGGGGCAGGUGGGGAAGGGGUACCUGUGAUUCAUCGGUCUAGGCAAUGACAUCACCGAGUCCCCUCCCCCUCCCCUCCCUCCCUCCUCCCCGGACUGAUGCGCACUCUGCAAAUUCAGCUGCAAUAAAGGAUGUGCCGGAGCUGACGUAGCCGGAGAAACGGACGGCGGAGACGAUGCGUACACGACAGAUUUUAUUUUUUCUUAUCUCGUUGCUUUUGGUUGAGUGGUACAGAGCAGUGUGAGCGAGCUUUGCACUGGGGGACCACCAGCUGUGUGUGUGUGUGUGUGUGUGUGUGUGUGUGUGUGUGUGUGUGUGUGUGUGUGUGUGUGUGUGUGUGUGUGUGUGUGUGUGUGUGUGUGUGUGUGUGUGUGUGUGUGUGUGUGUGUGUGUGUGUGUCGAAAGGAAGGAGAGGGAUGCUGUCCUGUCCACUUCUUUAAGCAAAAGCAUAAAACAUUUAAAAAGAAAAAAAGAAAGGGUUUUCAAAAGCAUGCUUGAAAGAGAAAGCACUGCAAGAGUAUUUUUUUGGGAGAAAUGUAUUUUUUAGUAGUGCUACUAUCCUAGGUUGUAAAUGUUUGGGUAUUUAACAUGUAACCCCGAGGGGGGGGCGGCGCUGUGUUCCCCCUGCAGCUGUAAAAAGAGAAAUAUAUCCGUUUAUUGACCCGCGACUCUUUAACCAAAUAAGUAGCUGCCUUCUAGAGACUUGUAACAGUGUGCUGUGUAUUGGAUACUCUGGUAUACACACACCUAUACAUACACACAUCUAUACAUACAUACAUACAAACACACACACAGAAAACUGCAUUUAAUUGCACACGAGUGCAGACCGGCUCCGGCUCACACGGCGGAGGAAUGUGCGUAACUUAUUGUACUCUGUAUAUAUUUUAGAAGGUGUAUAGUGUAAAAGCAGUAUUUUUUUGUGUAAUGCACUGUUAACCUGAGUGUGACCGGAUUGAAGGGAGGGUACUCUACUGUUGAAGUCCAGUCACACACUUAACAAAACCUUUUCCCAAACCCUGGCUUGCUUGAUGCUUGUAAACUGGGAGUCUUAUUUUUUAUUUUUUUGGGGAGGGGGGGUGGGGGAGGCGGGGUUUAACCAAAUCUCGACCAAUGAAAAUGGCGACGGUGGCUUGUAGCCUCUCUCCUAUUGGACGGCCGCAGCCUAUCCUCGCUGAGUCCUAUGCAUUCCUUUUUCCACUGUGAUCCUGCCCCCCCUCUCCCUCUCCCUCCCAGGGUUGUGUCAACUCCCCCCCCCCUCCCGCUCUGUCCCGGUAGUGGCAGGGGACGGUUUGCGCUCAGAGGAAGGUCCUCUCGGCACAUUGUAACAAUCACUGUAGUCUCCACAGAGCUUCUUGGCUUGCCUGCUAGAUUUAAAAAUGCUGUUAUUAAAAAUGGAUAUAUUAUUUACCUGGAAGAGAUGCAUUAUAUAUAUAUAUAUACACACGAUUCUCAGCCUUCACUCGGGACAAAUAAAAUUGAUAAAGUAAACAUGUCCAGGUGUUGCGGCUCAUUUCUACUCUGAACGGAUGGACCGCUUGCGAAUGCAUAAGCUGUAGGCUUCUAGGACAGAGUGCAAGGUAUUCAAUGGAUUUGUCUUUGAAACUGUUUAUACUGAAGGCAUUGUCCGGACACAAUCAUGUUUACAUUAAGCCACCAGUAGUGGAUAGCUGCAGGUGAGCGUCACUCAAGAUGUAUGCUGGAUAGAGACUUCUGAUGUAUGCUAGUCUUAUCUAGGGACACACCAGAAUUGUGAUGUUACUGAAAACAGGAAAAGGGCUGAUUUUCUAAUCGCUGAUUAUACCCAAUAGCAUAAUAUAACCCUUUAAUAAUCCAAAUAACUCCACUGAUAAUGUGCCAUGUAGUUUAUUUCAAAACAUUCAGCGCACAGCAUCAAGACCUGAACCAAAACAAAACUCUGACAUGAAAUUAAGAAAAUGUCACCACAUAUCCGAGGCAGACUUUGUUGGCAAUAGGAGUUCUAGAUGAUGUACUUGAAGCUGAAGGUGCUGUCGCAGGACAGCCGUUUGCCCUUGCACCUGCCGCACAGAUCCUGCCUGUGGGGUCGUUUGGGAUCGACAUGGCGCAGAGUCAACGCACACGAACAUCGUGCCUUGUUGCAGAUCUGGAAUUGAGGUCAAUGGUUAGUGGAGGAUCUCGCGCAUUCCAUCAUGUUGGGAGACUCAAGUGUCUUACAUGGCAUGUUAUGUCUUCAACUCGGUACGGGUUGAAUUCCUUUUGGCAUUUUCUGCAAAACUGUUUGAAAUAAACCUGGUAGGAGAAGUAGAAGUUAUAGCAGGAAAACAAAAGCAAGUGCGUGUUGCGAUUUCAAUGCAUUACCUUAUUUGUGCCCUGGACGCACCAGACGUACGCGCUCUCCCACCGUAGAUUACAAGCUCUGCAGUGAUAAUAUCCGUACUUCUGUUCCAGAAACUGGACACCAGACAGUCAAGGUUUGAAGCACAUUUAUUAGUAUACCAUAAUAUAUUAAUAGUUAACUCGAUCAUUGUGUGUGUGUGGCCCUCACCUGAAAUCUCACGCGGGCUUUGAGUUUGGAACUUUCCUUGACGGAUUUGGACGCAUCGGGUUUAAGCGGCUGCUUUGACUUAAUGUUUUUGCGCUGGGCAGCGGUCUUCUCCUCAUCCGUCUCCGCGCUGAUGUUCUGAUUCUCAUUCUUCGUCGCCUCACCC